GAAUUGUCAGAGUAGAAGAUUUCUUCUGAGGUUUUUCUUUUUCCCUUCUUCUUCUUUUUUUUUUUUUUUGUAUUGUUUUGUUUUGUUUUCAGUUUAGGAUGAUAAGUAUUCAUAUUCUGAUUCUUCUUAUAAUUCUAUUUUGGAAUUAUGAUUGUCAUAUUAUUCCCAGGAUUGAAGAAUGUGGACUUUCAUGUUCUCAGGGGAUUCAUUGUAAAAGCAAACCUUCCAGUGGCAUUUUUAACAGCUUCUGCCACAGUGCUCCUGCAUCUUUGUCUUCUAUGGUACUGAAGAGCAUGAAGAUCUCAACAGUUAUUAAAUGUGUCCAAGGAAGCCCAUGCUCUCUUCAUUUAAACAUUAAAGGAACUCUGAGUCUGGAUGAAAAUAUUCGUGGGCUGGAAAUAUGUUCUUUUUCACUGGACACACAGCGAUCUCAGUGCACAAAUGUGAGAUUUGCCAGGAAAAAAAGCAAGAUACUUAAUGGAAAGAAGGUGCAGGUUCAAUUCAAUUGCUUUGAAGUCAACGUAGCACAACACAUCUAUGUGACCAUGAAAACAGUACCAAAUUACUGUGAAGUUAAGAUGAGUCAGGAAUACUAUGUUGAAGAUUGCAGAAACAGUGAUGUGGGAAAGCAUAUUCCAGCUUGUUUGGCUGGAAAGUUAGACUAUAAUGUAGACAGGACAAGAAAAAUCAUAUCAGUGAAUGUAUCCAACUUUCUUCGAGAUCAAGAUUAUUACAUUCGUUUGUGUCACAAAUGGUUUACCUGUGAAGAUGUGGGACAAUUUGCUGUGGUAAGAGGAAAGGAUUCUUUAAAAUCAGUUUCUCUGAAGUACUCUCAGCUACUUCCUUGUCUUUGCAUUGAAGGUUGGCUGGCAAUACCAGAUGCCAGGAGGUUACAACUUUGUCCCUUUGAAAAUGAUACAACGGCAUUAUGGGAUAAUAUUGUUUAUAAUCCAGUGACACAAACCCUAGCUUGGGAACCAGCCUGCCCUGUGCUUGUCAUUGUUAACCUGUGCAGAUUAAUGAAGUCUAAUGACCACUGUGAAGAUAUACAAGAUUCUUCCAAACGUUUUCCUGAGAAGCAGGUUAAGUACUCUCGUGUGGACACUCACCCAAGACUUUGCAUGAAGUUUACAACCAAGCAAGGCUCUUGGGUUAAAUGUCCAUUUGCUCAUGGAGAAUUUCCAGCUUGGAAGAUGAGAACAGCUGCAGUUGCAGAUCGAAUACAAGUUUUCUUCACAUCCCAAACCAAAGCACACUUCUCAGUGCUGGUGUGUAACAGGACACAGCUGGCCUCAUGUGAAUCUGUUGGGAUGCGCCAUUCAGUCUCUGUGCUUGCACCCAUUGCCUCUUGCCUUAUCGUUGGAUGUCACUGAGAAGAGUAAGAGAAGUCUGUCUUUGUGGAGCAAGAUAUCCAGAGAAAUGCUGUAUUACUGGCACAGAUGGAGACCAAUGUAGCAGCAGUUGACAAACUAUAUGUGUAGUGAACACUUAUCAGUGUAAUUUCUCUUCAACUUGCUUAUUUCAAAUAAAAUCCGUGGAAUUUAGACUUUUGGUUUUAAAUAAUGUGUGAAUUGCAAAGUGAGAAGGCUAAUGGUACAACACUGAUAAGGCAGAGCCAGGUGCUGUACAGUGUCUGUCAUGAAGGGCACCGGUACGUUUACAAAUGCUUUUUUUCUUCCUUCUGGUGCAAGGCUGUGAUUUCCUUUGUGUACUGUGACACAGUGGGGAGCCCACAUAAGUUACACUCAGUUCCCGUCUCACCACUGUGAGCAAUAUACACAAAAUUUUCAUAAUGACUUAGCUCUGUGUUCCCAGAAACUGAUGUUCUUUCUAGUAAUCCCAGUUUGGUUGUGCUUGAGUAAGAACACAUUCACCUAAUUUACCCGAAAUUAUUUUAGGAGUUUGCCACACUAAAGAAAACAGUGUGGGAUGCAAAGCUAUUAGUGGACUAACUAAAAUUAUUUUGAGGACAAACUAUAAACAAUCAAAUGUUAAGUGUCAGAACAGUCAUUUAGGACAAUUUUACCCUAAGGCUGAGCUUGUUCUUGGCAUACAAUAAGAUGGGAAACCCACAAUAGCUGCAAAGAAAGGGUCAUUCCUUCAACUUAUGUACACCAGGGAAAAGAAGUGAAGAUGCUUGGUGCUAUCAUGGUGUCAGCAGCCUUGGUGGGAGGGUGUCCUCCCUCGUGGUACUUCACAAAAUACAGGAGCAUUGGCCUUCUUCCUAUCCUGUCCAAACUGUGCUUGACAAAACUACCCUAGCUGCUUAUGGUCAUUUAGAACCAGGGAUAUCUCUGAAAAUGGGAAACCUUCCAUGAUGAAUGUGUACUUUUAUAUUUUUUACUUUAUAUAUUAAAUUUCCAACACAGUAAAACAUGCAGUGUUACUGGCAAAGGAAGAAAAGAGAUGGAAAGACAAUAUUUCUUCAUUGUUUCAGGAUAU